AUGGUCAAGCCGUUUGUGCCGAGGAACAUCGUGAAGAAGCGGACGAAGAAGUUCACACGUCAUCGUUGUGAACUCUUCCCUCAACUGAGCAGCAGUUGGCGUAAACCCCGUGGUGAGGACUCCCCGGUUCGUCGCCGCUACAAGGGACAGAAAGCCAUGCCUAACAAAGGUUAUGGAAGCGACCGCAAGACAAAGUAUAUCACCCCGUCAGGCUUCAAAAACUUUCCCGUCAACAAUGUGCAGGACCUUUACAUGCUCCUCAUGCAAAACCGCAAAUACGCUGGAGUGAUUUCACAUACUGUGGGAGCAAAGGCACGUAAGGCAAUUGUCCGCAAGGCCCAUGAACUUGACGUACGCCUCAUCAACGGUAACGCCAAGUUGAGGAAGGUCCAGGUGUAA